CAACGGUAACUUAGCAACUGGAGUAGCCGUUGAAGAUGGCUAGCUAAAAUAGCCAGUGAGCUAGCCAAACAGUACGUUGUAGCGGGUAUAUGAAAAAAAGUUCCUGUUAGCUAACACAACUGUCACAAUUGUCAAAAUGCCUCAUCUUGACUGGAGAAUGGUGAUGGAUGCUGACCCAGAACAGCUGCAGGAGAGUGGAGAUGCAGAGAUAAUCAACCACAUGUUUUUACAGGUCAAACGAUGGGAGCGGGAGUUGAAAGAUGGAAGCCCAGAGAAAAUUGUUCACCUCUUGCGAGUCGUUCAAGGCCUUCUGAAGUUGAAGAAAGAGGAGGUUACUAUGGCAUUUGAACUCAUCGAUAAUGCCGGGACAGAACAAGCUAGAUCGGAAAAUGAGUGGAAGGCCAAGGAGUUAAAGUGGGAAGAAGAGUUAGAGAUGGCCAAGAAGUCGGGCGUUGGCGGCGGGCCAGAUACUCGCUUCCUGCGGGACGAGAUGCGCACACUGGAGGCCCAGUUGAACCGUAGAGAGAAGGAUAUCCAACAGUUGGAGAAAGAGACGAGCAAGGAGAAGAAAAUCAAUGAGGAAUUGAUGAUUCGGGCAGAGGAGGCUGAGGAUGAGAGCAGGAAGCUGAAAAGAGAAAACGAGCAGCUCCAGCAGGAUGUAGACUUCUACAGGAGGGAGCUGGACCAGAAGGAGCCGGUCCAGUCCAGAGAGGAGAGUACUGAGACACAGAGGAGACUCAACUCAGCCAACAGACAGCUCUACCAGUGCAUGGAGGACGUUCAGCGUGCGGAGGAAGAGGUCGCCCACCUGAAGACACAGAACGAUCAGAUGCAAAAGAGCCUAGAGGAGUCAGUGAAGGAGAUGGAGACGAUGACUGACGAGUACAACAAGAUGAAGAUCGUUGUGCAGCAGACAGACUCCAUCAUGGACCAGCUGAGGAAGGAGAGGGACCAUGCCAAGCUACAGGUCAGAGAGCUGACAGAGCAGAUUCAGAGCCGGGCGGAGGAAGAUGACCCAGUCAUGGCAGCCGUGAAUGCCAAGGUGGACGAAUGGAAGAGAGUGCUGGCUGGGAAGGAUGAGGAGAUCAUGGAGUACCAGCAGAUGAUCCGCGAGCUAAGGGACAAGCUACGCUCGACCCAGAUGGACACGGACAAGAGCAACAUCAUCGCCUUGCAGCAGGUCAUAUAUGAGCUAUGUGGUGCCGUGCUAGAGAGAGACAAUCAAAUCAAGAUGCUGACAGAGCAAGUGGAGCAGUAUACGGGGGAGAUGGAGAGAAAUGCCCUGCUCAUAGAGGAACUCAAGAAGCCCCUGAAGAAAGACAGAGGUCUGCCCUCAGCCAUCCAGCAGAGGAAGCUGGACGAGCUAACCGCUAAGCUGCAGGCCACAGAGACAAGAGCACAGGAAGCAGAACGUGUGGCUGAGCUAGCCGAGACAGACGCCAGGGACAAGGACAAAGAGCUCAGUGACACAUUAAACCACAUGAGACUCUAUGAGUCUGGCACUGAUGGUCUGCAGGUGGCCAUUGCUGAGAUCAAAGAGUGUAAGAAUCAGAUGAGAGUGCGAGACCGUGAGGCGGAGGCUAUGACCAGAGAGAUCAACCAGCUGGAGAUGAGAAUCAACAACCUUCUGGAUGAGAACGAAGAUCUUAGGGACCGACUCGGUCUGGAGCCCAAAGAGGAAGUGGAUCUGACAGAAUUCAGAAGAACCAAAUCCCUGAAACAGAGGCAGUUCCAAGCAGAGAACCAGGUUCUCACCAAAGAGAUCGAACGACUGGAAGAGGAGAGACUUGAACUGAAGAAACAAAUCAGGCGAAUGGUAAAGGACAAAGGGAUCACAGUGACCAGCUCAUUGCUAGAGGAUGAUGCCAAGCCCACCAGAUCCAUCAAACUGACACCAACACCAACGUUCAGUUCUGCAGAUGAGGAGGAGAUCAAAAGCAAGUAUGAGCAUCUGAGGAGAGAACUGAACCAUAAGGAGAGAGACUUGGAGCAUCAGAGGACCCAGUCAUCUCAGUUUAAAUCAAAAUUGGAAGACUUGUUUAAGGAGAACAAGCAGCUGGAACAAGGUAUGAAGGAGAUCCUUCAGGCCAUCCAGGAUGCUCAACAGAAAACCCCUUCACAAGCUUCUGUCUCUAUCCCCAGUCUGGAGAAGCUGGUCCGUGCAAUAGAGAUGAAGAACUCUGAUGGGAAGUUUGACACCAGCCUCCACCUGAAGGCCCAGGUAGACCAGCUGACGGGAAGGAACGACGAGAUCAGACAGGAAAUGAGGGCAGCUCGGGAGGAAGCUGCCAACACCAUGAGUCAACUGGUCAAAGCCAAAGAAAAGGUGACCCGUUUGGAGGACGAUAUGGAGGCGCUGAGAAAGUCCAAAGGGGGCGGGGUAAUCUUUAGGACCCUGAAUCUCCCUGAAGACAUGGCCCUAUCCAGCACUGAGGUUAUCAGCUCUCUGAAUGAGUAUGCCGUUCGACUGUUACGGGAGGUUAAAAACAAAGAGGAGUCAAGCCAGCAGCUGGUGGCAGCCUUGGAAGAGUACAAGGGGAAGUUUGCUGUGAUUCGCCAUCAGCAGGGACUCCUCUACAAGGAGCACCAAAGUGAGAAGGAGGUCUGGCAGAAGGAAAAGGAGACACUCAGAGAGAUGAAGAACAAGCUGGAGGAGCAGAAGCUGGUGGACACAGUAAAGAUCAAAGAGUUUAACCACUGGCUGGAGGCACUGCAGAAGGAUCCAGAGGAGCUGCGGAGGCAGGUGGCGGAAGCGGCCCGGAGGAUGACGGUUCUGCGUGUGAACGAGAAGUCUCUAACACAUCGCUACACCACCCUGCUGGAGCAGGAGCAGCACCUCCGCAAGGACAACAACAAACUGAGGGAUGACUUCAGCACCAUGCAGGCAUCUGUCACACAGAGGAUAGGAUGCCUGACCAGAUACAAGGACAUGGCAGCAUAUAAGCUGGCAGCGCUGCAGAAAGCCUUGGAUGACAGCGUCCCCUCAUCAGAGCUGGAGAGGGCCAACAAGCAAUACACAGAGCUGACAGUGAAAUACAGGGACAUGCUCCAGAAAGACAACCACCUGGUGCAGAGGACCACCAACCUAGAACAUCUAGAGGGUGAGAACAUUUCCCUACGUGAGCACAUCACUGCCCUCAAUAAAGAGCUGGAGAUUACCAAGGAGAAACUCCACACUCUGGAGCAAGCCUGGGAGCACAUCAACACAUUAGGUGGUGAGAGCAGCAUGGACAAGGCAGCGAAGGCAGUGGCCAACAGUGAGAUUAUAUCAACGUCCAGGAGGAUCACCACCUUGGAGAUGAAGGAGCUGAAUGAGCGGCAGAGGGCUGAGCAUGCCCACAAGAUGUACGAACACCUCAGGAACUCUCUCAGACUGGUGGAGGAGCGCAACGUGGAGCUGGAGACAAAGUUUGCAGAGCUAACAAAGCUGUACCUGGGGGCCCAGAGAACGGAGCGGGAGCUGAGAGAUGAGCUGGCCGACAGUGUCUCUAAAGACGGCAGCAACGCCGACCGUGCCAGGAUCACGCAGCUGGAGAAGGCUGAGGCCGAACUCAAGGUGGAGGCCUCAAUGUUGAGGGAGGUGUCUGACGUGGCUAAGAUGCAGGUGUCUGCCCUGGAGGCCAGACAGCAGUCCAGAGAGAAGGAGGUUGAAGCUCUAAGGAGGCAGGUCCUCGACUAUCAGUCCCAGUCAGACGAGAGAGCCCUGAUCGCCAAGCUCCACCAGCACAUCGUAGCGUUGCAGCUCAGCGAAUCAGCUGCCGUGGGGAAGCUAGAGGCCACCGCCACGCGGAUCCAGCAGCUUGAGGCCUACGUGCUCCGUGCCGAGCAGAAACUGGACGCCAGCGAGAAAUCCCUGUACCACACUCGCCAGGAGAGCCGGAACCGAGCCAGGCACCUCCAACAGUCCAUCCAGUCUCUCCGCAGGCAGUUUGCCGGGGCUCUGCCCUUAGCCCAGCAGGAGAAGUUCUCUCAGACCAUGAUGCGCCUGCAGGAGGAUAGAGGGACCGCGCAGGAGGAGAAGAGGAGAGCGGAGGAGGAGAGGAGGAGGAUGGAGGGGAAGGCCCAGGAGCUGGAGCUGAGGCUGAAAGGUUUAGAGGAGCUCAUAGCUACGCUGAAGGAUGUGAAAGGAGCUCAGAAGGUGAACGAGUGGCACAAGAAAAUAGAGGAGGUCAGACUGCAGGAGCUGAGACGGGGCCGGGAGCUGGGGGUCCAGAGAGAGGAGAUCAGUUACCUGAGGAGCCUGGUGGCCGAGCAGGAGAGAACCAUCCGUACCCUGGAGGACGACAGCGUACAGCAGCACACUGUUCAGGAGGAACGUCAGAUGUCGUGGGAUCAGAGAGAGGUGGAGUUGGAGCGCCAGCUGGAUCUUUAUGAGAAACAGCAGAACCUAAUCAUAGGCUCUGCCCAGAAGUUUGAGGAGGCUACCGGAGCCUUGCCAGACGCAAGCCUUCCCCUGGCCCACCAGCUGGACUUUGCCCUGAGGAAAAUCAAAGAGCAUGUCCGCACCAUCCUGGAGACCCAGGCCACCUGCAAAACUCUAGAUGAGAAGCUGAAGGAGAAGGAAUCUGCCUUGUGGAAGGCAGAGCAGAACAUCCUCUCCAGGGACCGGGUAAUCAAUGAGCUGCGUCUGCGGCUCCCUGCGGCUGCAGACAGGGAGAGGCUCUUGGCAGACCUGGCCAAGCACCAGGAGGACCAGAGGGAGAGCCAGCCGGCCCUCAAGGUGGCCCACCAGACCAUCAACAACCUGCAGGGACGCCUGGACCAGAAGGAGGAGGUCCUUAAGAAGUACCAGAACCUGCUGGCCCGGGCUAGACAGGAGCAGGAGGAUAUCACCAGGAGACAUGAAGAGGAGAUGAGGACGCUGCACCAGAAACUGGACCUGCACACUGACACCUCCCUUGACCGUUUCAAACAGACCGCACUGGAGUUAAUGAAGAAGCCCACCAUAACGGUGCCGACCACCAAGCACCUGGUUCGCCUAGCUGAGAUGGAACAGACGGUGGUGGAACAAGACCGCUCUCUGUCCUCCAUGACCGACCGGCUGAAGGGCCUCAUUGCAGAGCUGGACAGGCAGAGGAACCUCACAGCCAUGCAGGCCAAAGAGCACGCCUCAGAGAGGGCUAAGCUGGAGGAGCGUCAUGCAGCCCAGGCCAAAGCUAUGUCAGGGGAGGCUGAGGAGCAGCGGGCUCAGCUGGGUCAGAUGGAGAAGGAGCUGCACUACCUCCGCACAGAGCUGGAGGCCCAGAAACAGGCCAACGUCCGCUCGCCCAGCAACACCAUGAAGAACCUGGUGGAGAGACUCAAAGCACAGCUCAACCAGAAAGAGAAACAACUGAAGGCUCUGAGUAAGGCCCUGUUGGCGCUGAGGGCAGAGAUGACGUCCCAUGCGGAGCAGCAGAUCAUAGCCAAUGCAUCUCACAGAGAGGAUAGCCUCAAUGUCCAGCUGCUGGUAGACAAGCAUACCAAGGACCUCAAGGCUCGUGUGCAGGAGCUAAACGAAGAGCUCCAGGGGGCGAAGGAGGCUGUGAAGGCAGGGAGGGGGAGGGAGAACACCCUGAAGGAGGAGGUAGAGGGCCUGAACAAGGACCUCCAGAAGAGCCUGAAGACCCAGAGCAAGCUGCAGGGGGAGAAGGAAGAGAGAGACGAGGAGAUCCAGGAACUCAAACAGCGAAUCAAGAGGCUCAACAGCGGACUGCAGGGUCAAUCUGAGCCUGAGGGAAAGGGGCCCACAGUAGAGGCACUGCAGAAGAAGAUCCGUAAGUUGGAGUCGGAGCUGGAAAGGAGAAGUGUACCAGAGUCAACAACAGAAAGGAAAGGUCGUGGCCUAAAGGAUGACAAGACAAAUAAAGAAGAAAUAGUGCGUUGGGAGGAGGGCAAGAAGUGGCAGGCCAGGAUGGAGAAAGUGAGGAACAUUCUGAAGGAGAAGGAGAGGGAAACCGAGUCUGUCUCUAAGCAGCUGAGUACUCUCAAGGAGCUCUACGCCAGACUGGAGCAGGAGAAGGCAGGUCUGCAGAGGAAACUGAAGGGUCGUGGUGUGACGGCAGAUCAGGUGGUGGGGGUGAGGACACAGGAGUCUGAGAAAGAACUGGUUGAGCUGAAGAGGAGGAACGCUGAACUGGAGCAACAGAUCCUCACCAUAAAACAGCAGCAGGCCCUACCCAGAGAUUCUGCCAUGGAGGACAUGAACCUGAGGAACCACUACCUGGAGGACAGGCUUCACUCCCUGGAGAGCCAGAAGUCCUCUACAUCAGGCACCCCCUCGCAGAAAGAGUACGAGCUUCAGAGAGAGAACUUAAAGCUUUCCUCCGAGAAGCUGGAGCUCUGCUUUCAACUGGAACAGGCCAACAACGACCUACCCAGACUAAAGGACCAAGUUGCAGACCUCAAAGAGAUGUACAACGUUCUGAAGAAGGAAAAGGCGGAGGUGGAGAAAAAACUGGGCCACGUCCGUGGGGCGGGUCGCAGCGGUAAAACUGUGCCAGAGUUGGAGAAGACCAUCGGGCUGAUGAAGAGGGUGGUGGAUAGGGUGCAGAGGGAGAACGAGACGCUGAAGAAAACUCCAGCAGCACUGAGUCAGGAACAGCUCACAGCUCUGGAACGCAAGCAUGAAAAACUCAAGAAUGAUUACGAGAAGCUCAAGAGAAACACAGAAACACAGCUGAGCUCCAGACUAGAGACCAAAACCAAAGGAGUGGAGAAAAUUGUGAUGGAAAACGAACAUUUACGGAAAGAGAUUAAAAGGGAGACUGAGGCUACGGAGAGGCUGAGGAUGGCCAAGACCAGUCUAGAGAUGACCAAUGAGAAGCUGGAGGCUGAGCUGGAGGAGGCCAGACAACAGCUAGUGGCAGCCCAGUCCAGGGUCAUCCCUGAGGGGGUCGAAAGUAAGACCUGGAAGGCCACUGUGGUAACAAGGAUGUUUGAGAGUAAGAUGAAAGCACUGGAGCAGGACAUCAGCCAGAAGAACUCCAGUCUCUCAGAGCUCAGGCUGCAGCUGCGAGAGGCCAGUGAGAGGGAGGAGAAAGCACAGCGAGUCGCCAGCCAACUACAGGAGCAGGUGAAGCUGUUAAACAACUUUCCCACCACAGCAAACACUGAGUCAGGCCUCGCCAAGGAGUUCCAGUCAACGAGAUUGACCAAUAACCAGCUUGAGAGGGAGAAGGAAGAGCUGGUACAGAAGUGUAGUGACUACACUAAGAAGUAUGAGACAACCUCUGCUGGGCCAGGGUAUGAGGAGCUACAAGCCCUGCUGAAGGCCACUGGCGAGGAAAAAAAACACUUGCAGGCCGAAGUAAAAAAGAUGAAGAUGGAACUGGAGAACUUUGACCCGACAUUCUUUGAGGAGAUUGAGGAUCUGAAGUUUAAUUACAAUCUGGAGGUGAAGAAGAACAUUGUUCUGGAGGAGCAACUGAAGAAAGUGUGUGAACAGUUUGGUGUAGCAGCUGCAGAUAUCCCUGAUGUGUCCAUCAGCUAACACAGGAUGGAUAUUGUGCCUUUUAAACCAUUAUAUGUCUUAAAUAUAUAUUAUUUAUAUGGUUUUAAUGUGAAUGUUGUCUAGAAGAUGAAGUUGAAUGUAAUUGUGUUUCUCCUCCUAAGGCAGUUUUGUUCAGACAAUGUAGCAGGGAUUUUACAUGUCAAACCGUUUUGUACAUUUGAAUACAGUGCCUUCAGAAAAUAUUCAUACCCCUUAUUCCACAUGUUGUUGUGUUACAGCCUGAAUGUAUUUUAUUUAUGUUGAUCCAUCUACACACAAUUCACCAUAAUGACUAAGUGAAAACAUGUUUUUAGAAAUGUAUUGAAAAUGAAGUAGAUAUCUAAUUUGCAUAAGUAUUCACACCCCUGAGUCAAUCAAUCAAUACAUGUUAGAAUCACCUUUGGCAGUGAUUACUGCUGUGAGUAUUUCUGCGUACUUCUCUAAGAGCUUUACACACCUGGAUUGUACAAUAUUUGCACAUUAUUGUUUUUACAAUUCUUCAAACUCUGUCAAGUUGGUUGUUGAUCAUUGCUAUAGACAAUUUCAAGUCUUGCCAUAAAUUUUCAAGCUGAUUUAAGUCAAAAAUAUAAUUAGGCCACUCAGGAACAUUCAAUGCCUUGAUAAGCAACUCCAAUAUAAAUUUAGCCUUGUGAAGUUGAAUUUGUCUCCCAGUGUGUUGGAAAGCAGACUGAACCAGGGUUUCCUCUAGGAUUCUGCAUGUGCUUAGCUCUAUUCUGUUUAUUUUUAUCCUAAGAAACUCCCUAGGCCUUGCCAAUGACAAGCAUACCCAUAACAUGAUGCAGCCACCACCAUGCUUGAAAAUAUAAAGAGUGGUACUCAGUGAUGUGUUGGAUUUGCCCACAAAGCUUUUUUAUUCAGGACAUAAAGUUAAUUUCUUUGCCACAUUUUUUUUGCAGUUUUUCAAACAGGAUGCCUGUUUUGGAAUAUUUUUAUUCUGUACAGGCUUUCUGCUUUUCACUCUGUCAUUUGGGUUAGUAUUGUGGAAUAACUACAAUGUUGUUGAUCCAUCCUCAAUUUUCUCCUAUCACAACUGUUUUAAAGUCAUGGUGAAAUCCCUGAGCAGGUUUCCUUCCUCUCUGGCAACUUAGUUAGGAAGGAUCCCUGGAUCUUUGUAGUGACUGGGUGUAUUGAUUCACCAUGCUCAAAGGGAUAUUCAACGUCUGCUUUUUUAUUUUUUACCCAUCAAUAGUUGCCUUUUUUUCCCGGUUGAAUCUGUGUUUGAAGUUCACUGCUCAAUGUCAUUGCUGGGGGGUGCUAGAAAGUUAGCUGUCAGAAGUAUUACAACUUAAACUUGCUUUAAUUACAUCUGUCUGCAUAUUUCAAGACAUGAGAUACACAAUGUGCUGGACAAUUAUUUUCUCUUUUUUAACUUGGAAGUAAAUCAAUCUGCCAUCAUUGACACAAUGGACAAAUCUAAUUAUCUAUUAUUGAAAUAGCAUGGGUGACUGAAGAACAAAUUGGUGCAAUUUAGGCCCAGGUGGCAAGUGAUGAUGCAGGCACUGGGAAUGGGGGUGUGAUCAUGCAUGUCUGGGCAAAAGAGAUUUGGUUACUGUUUGUAUGUGCAUACGUUUGUUUUGUUUUGGAGGAGAGAAAAGGGACAAAUAAAAUAUUUUAAAAAUUAAAUUAACUUCUCAACUAAGGGACAUUACAGAUAAUUAUACCUGUGGGGUACCGAGAUGAGGUAGUAAAUCAUGUUAUAAAAAAAAUCUAUUCAACUUUUGAAAACGUUAACUUUUUUUCCAUAACAAAGGGGUUGAAUAAUUUACUUAAGACAUUUCAGCUUUUCUUUUUUAAUUUAAAAACAUAAUUCCACUUGGACAUUGAGGUAUUGUGUAGGCCAGUGACACAAAAUUCAGGCUGCAACACAAAAUGUGUAAAAAGUUAAGGGGUGUGAAUACUUUGAAAGCACAGUAUGUUGGCUAGAUUGUGUUUGAUACAUUUUCUAUUGCGUUACUUCUAUCAAUAAAGCAGAUUUAAUGUG